GUGAUCAUCAUCGCCUUCUCAUGGAUCCCGCCAGCCAUCGUGGCCUACAUCGUGAGGGAGCGAGAGUCUCAUCACAACUCCAAGCACCAGCAGCUCAUUUCGGGAGUCAGCGUCCUUGCGUACUGGACGGCGAAUCUGCUCUGGGACCUUUGUCUCUACGUGCUUCCACUGAGCCUUUCGAUGCUCUUCCUUUGGCUCUUCGGCAUCGACGCCUUUGUGGAGAACGGUGCAUUCUGGGCCAGCUUCGUCGUCUUUGCAGGCUACGGAUUCGCCAUCGCACCCUUCUCGUACCUGUUGUCGUUCCUCUUUGCCAAGCACACAUCUGCCCAGAUCCUGUCCCUGGUGGUGAACUUCCUGACAGGGCUCCUUCUGAUGCUCACGAGCUACAUCUUGAAUCU